GUGUAUCAUUCGCAUUGUCACUUGUUACAUCUCUUGGUCUGAUCUUAUCUCGCUGUAAGAUGAUGUCGAUAUUUUUCGUUGUUGCUGUAGCGGCUUUCGUGGCAGCGGAACCUCCUCUAUCUAAAAGCUACCUGCCGCCGUCGCCAGCCAAUCGUAACAACGGAUAUCCCCAAGGACCCCAACCAGCUGGUUUCACGGGAGUUCCUGAGGUGAUCGCAGCUAGGUCACGUGAUCAGGGUUUUGGUCGUAGCGGAAAUGGAUUUGUUAAAAGCAGUCUCCACGACCAAAGUGCACACGCCAGACUGACUCACUCACAGGGCUACGAUGAGAAUUCACCUUUUGCCAGAAACGCCAUUGAUGCUAAAUCGGAACCAGCGAACUACAAUUUCGGUUACAUGGUCAGCGAUUUUAAUGAAGGAACUGACUUCGGACACCAUGAGGAAAGGCUGGAGGAGAGGGCGCAAGGCCAGUACCACGUGGUCUUGCCUGAUGGUAGGAAACAGACAGUCAGUUACGAAGCCGAUGAACGCGGUUUCAAGCCUCAAGUCUCAUACCAAGACACCGAAGACCUCGCCCGUUCCAACGGCUACGAUUCGAACGCGAACAGCCGUAACCAUGGAAACGGCUUCAAUAAUGGCGGCCAUGUUGACCACGAGUCACACUAUUGA